AUGUCUUCGCGCCAUCCUCCAGCCUCGAAACUGCCCUCCCCGGCUGAGCGCAAAGCCUCAACCUCCACCGUGGGCGGAGCCCGACCCCGCGUUGUAUCGUCGUCUUCAAAGCUGGGCGAAAAUGAACGACGCGCUCCUGCGGCACACCUAAGGAAGCCUUCGGGGGCAACAACGGGUCCAGAAAGACGGACCGAGAAGAAAGAAGUCCUCACUAGGGAAACUGUGACCGUGCGGCCGAGAAGUCCACUGAAACACACUUCCGAAAGCCGGGUCAACGCAAGAAGCCGGCGCGAUGCAGACCGAGUGCCAAAACCAGCGGAAAGAGCUUCUGCGAGUAAUUCGGGAUCGAGGAAGGGCCUUGAAGAAAUCCCAGAAAUACCAUGGGCUCCGCAGGCCACUAUUAUACCUCAUACCGCAGCGCCACUGGCUUCCCGCGUAUCAAUACCGCCUCUAGCAUCGACCGCCCCGCAGGCACUACAGCCACAACCCCUCAAUCAGUUAUCCCUCGACGCGCAGGAAGCAGCAAUUAUCGAGGACCUCCUCUUCGUGUUCAUGGGCUUUGAGGGACAAUACAUAAGAUUCGUCGAGACGUACAACCCAUCUGAAGAGAAGGACCGCUUGAUUGGGCCACAAUUCCGUAUUCUUGCGCAUUUGGAUCCUAGCCUGCGGGAUUUGACUAUUUCGAUGUUAAAGAUGGCCACACACUACACUGCGGUGGAGGCUUCAAUAGAAGUGUUGAGCCGAGAAGAGUUUGGGGCUGUCAAUCAUGCGCUUUGUGCGACGGUGCGACACCUUUUGAAGGACUAUUUGGUGCUCAUGGCACAAUUGGAACACCAAAUGCUCACGAACCCAGCUUUCACGUUACAUGUGCUCAAUCUGCACACCAAACCGACAAGUCAUAUGCUUUUCCAACUUUAUACUAUGGGAACCGAGUUGUUGAAAGCAAAUGGAGUCCUUGAAGAUGAUGAGAACUCAGAAGACUCUUCAGAUGAUAGCGACAAUUUGGAGGGUAUUCUUGAAUCGUUACGAGAGGGAGGUCAAGCAGGACUACCUGCCAAAAAGAUAUGCAAAGGUGGAAAUGUACUGGGAUUGAUUACGAAGAGAUUGGCUUCGAUGUCUGGAGAUCCCGCUGCGAGGACGCUACUGACGAGGCUGUUACGAGACGCCAGCCGGCCUUAUAUGGCGAUGUUGAAUGAAUGGCUGCACCAUGGAGGCAUCAAAGACCCUCAUGCAGAGUUUCUCAUAAAAGAGCAGAAGAGCAUCAAACGCGAGCGGUUAGAUCAGGACUAUACGGAUGAAUACUGGGAGAAGCGUUACACUGUCCGAGACAGCCUUGUGCCGCCCCAAUUAGAGGGAGUCAAAGAUAAGGUGCUGCUCGCUGGCAAGUACCUGAACGUCGUCCGGGAAUGCGGUGGAGUAGACGUCAGCAAGGUUGUUCAAGACGUUCCGCAAAGCUUCGACGAUCCACGGUUCCUGGAGAACGUAAAUGCGGCUUAUGCAUAUGCAAACUCGUCACUCUUCAAUCUUCUGCUCACGACACACGCUCUUCCAGCACGUUUAAGAUCACUGAAGCACUACUUUUUCUUGGAUCGCUCAGAUUUCUUCACAUACUUCCUCGAGCUUGGAACUUCUGAGCUCAAGAAGCCUGCCAAGUUGGUAAACAUCGGCAAACUCCAGUCUUUGCUUGAUAUUGUUCUACGACAGCCUGGAAGCGUAGCUGCGGAAGAUCCCUUCAAGGAGGACGUCAAAGUACAGAUGAACGAGGUCGGCUUGACGAACUGGUUGAUGAAAAUCGUCAAUGUCACAGGUCUUGAUCAGGAUGCUGCGACUGGCGCUAUCUCGAACUACACUACUCCCGCCACUCAGGCACCAGUAACGGACGACAAGGACAUUACCGGGUUCGACGCGCUUGUAUUGGACUAUGCGAUGCCAUUCCCUCUCUCACUGGUCGUCAGCCGUGUCACACUCACACGCUAUCAACUUCUAUUCCGAUACCUACUGUCUCUUCGACACCUGGAGACCCUCCUUGUGGGAAGCUGGACCGACCACAGCAAAGUGCUCAGCUGGAAGCAUCGCAGCAAGAACCCACGAAUAGAAAUGUGGAAACGAAAAGCAUGGACACUGAGGGCCAGGAUGCUGAUUUUCGUUCAGCAAAUGCUGUACUACUGCACUUCGGAGGUCAUCGAGCCGAACUGGGUGUCCCUGAUGUCUAGGCUGAAUGAAGGCAGUGAGGACGUGCCACACAAAGCAGGCGAGCCGGCACAGGUCAAGCGCACGGUGGAUGAGCUGAUGCAGGACCACGUCGAUUUCUUGGCCACGUGUUUGAAGGAGUGCAUGCUUACAAACUCGAAGCUGUUACGGAUCAACUCCAAAAUCCUAGCCACGUGCACCAUGUUCGCCAACUUCACCUCUUCCCUCUCACGGUAUCUCGUCCAAGCCGACCCCGAACUCGCCAACGCCGCGACAGCAGCAGCCUCGGCAGCGUCAGCUCCAUCCAAACCUACGCAUGGCCACUCCAAAUCCGCCUCAACUUCAAUCACAUUUGAUCCUGCGAAGGUGGAUAAGAUGUUCGACAUCAUGCACAAGUAUGAGGAUAAUUUUUCAAGGCAUCUGAAGAUCCUACUCGAUACGCUUAAUUAUCUAGCGGCGACGGAGACGGUAGUCUUUUUGAGUCUUUGUGCAAGGCUGAGUACGGCGAAUGAGGGGGGGCCGGGGCAGGGAGAUGUGUAUUGAUGAGGUUAAAGGUGCUAUUGGGGUUGUCUAGGACGGGUUACGAAGAGGAGCGCGCACGUAGCUGCAGUUAUGAGGAAUGGCGUCAAGGCGUCUCUGUUUGGUGUAUGCUAAUACCCCCUUGUCUGGAUGUUUUGGAGCGUAACACGCAUGCCUGCCGUCGAGUCGGGCAAGUCGAGUAGGAUUCAGGCGGCUUAUUGAAUGAGGCGUCAAUGUGGCAUUCAUCAGUCAUGACAGGCGACCACGUUGCAUGCGAAU